AUGGCGCCGCAGCUAUUGAAGGAUUUAUCAACUCAUUCACGAAAAUGGAUCAUUCAAUGCUGUGUCUCCCGGAAGUGGAUCGCAACUAACUGCAACACAGGAAAAGUUCUGCAUUUGGACAUGGUGCUCAUCGAUUCCGAGGGAUCAGACAUUUGGGCAAUGGUUCCUCCUCUGUUGAUUCCAAAAUUUGAAUCCAGUCUGAUAGAACAAGAAGUGUAUGAGAUUAGGCAUUUCAAGGUUGCUAUGACAAAGAACACAUUUAGGCCUGUUCCUAAUCGUCUGAUGAUUGAGUUUGAUGCUGCCACUUUAGUCCAGCAUAUCAAAACAGUGUCCCCAAUACUUCCUUAUAAGUUCUACUUUCUCAAUCAUGCUGCUAUGAUGAAAAGGCUGUAUGAUAAGAAGAACCUUUCAGAUGCAGUUGGUCAAUUGAUUGACCAUUCCAGCCUAACUUCAAGAACCUCUGCUACCAAACACUGGAAGGAGAUCACAAUAAAACUCAUUGAAGGGGAGAUGGUGAAAGUCACUUUGUGGGGAAGUAUUGGCAAGCAAUUAGAAGACAUCAUCACUCACAAUGAAAGGAAAGCUGUCAUUCUGACUAUUACCUCUGUGUUUGUAGAUGAAUUUAAAGGGGAAAUCUGUUUGUCAUCAACCGGAGCAACUCAGUUGAAGGCGAACUUGGAUAUUCCAGAAGUGCUUGAGUUUAAGGAAAAGGACGAAAAUCUUACUGCCCCAGUUCUGCUUGCUGAAGUCCCAGCUACCGAGGUUCCAAAAAUUUCACUAGCUCAACUAAAUGAUUUCAAAAGCAAUGAAGCCCAGAGUGACAAACUAUUUUCGGUUGAAGGAAAGGUAACUCAAGUGCGUCCUAAUUGGUGUUACAUGGGUUGUGUUGCAUGCCCGCGGAAGGUGGAGGAGGAUCUGGAGGAGUAUUUUUGUGGUCACUGCAAGACAACAUCGUCCAUUGCUAAAGCAAAGUAUAGAGUUAAAUUCCAGCUGGAAGAUAACACUGGAGAGGCUGAUUUUGCCAUCCUGGAGCAUGAAGGACUGCGCUUUUUUGGAGUAAUGGCUGAUGAGUUGUUCCAAACAAAUCAGAGGAGCAAAGAACCUCUUCCGCCGCAGAUUCAUCAGAUUGUCAAUAUGACACUGAAGCUAACUGUUAAACUAACUCAGUUUAACAUCAUGAACCCUCAAACUGAGAUCUCUGUGGUCAGCAUUGACCAUGAUCCUCUUCAGCAACUCAAUAAGGAUCCGUGUUCAAAGGACCUUGGAGGAGCAACCUCAAUUGAACAGAAAAUGGAAGCUGCUCUUGAUUGUGAGGUUGAGGAUGAGAAGUAG